GUGAACAGACAAACUGCAUUGCUAAGCUCGCCACCUGCUCUGGCAUACUGGCAAGAGAAAACAAUGAAUUUGCGAAAUGCGAGUGAGUGAUAUAAUUGGGGGUCUUUAGUCAUUGAACGUUGUCUUUUGUAUUCAUUGAGAAAGCUUAAGUGGCAGAUAUGAUGUGUUAACUUAAAGGACUUUUUUUUUUUUUCUUUUUUUUUAAAUGGUAACUUUUCUCAUUACCUUAUUAAUAGAUUUAUUAAUAGAUUCUAGUAUAUCUCAAGGUUAAUUUUUGUCUGUUAAAUUGAAACAAAUUUUUUGUUCACCUGUAAACAGUGCUCAGCCUCAGUAUGAUGAAUGCAUGUCUGGCUUCGUCAUGGCAUGCUCUGAACAAGUGAGUCCAGAGGCUCUUGAGGGAGCUAAAAUGACACAAAAGCAAUGGCAAAUGGCUUGCUCUGCUAGUAAGUAAACCAACAUUAUCAAAACAAUUGAGUCCAGAGGCUCUAGGGGGAGCUAAAAUGACACAAAAGCAAUGGCAAAUGGCUUGCUCUGCUAGUAAGUAAACCAUAAUAAAAUGAGUAAAACAGAGUAGGAUUAAACCUGAAAAAAUAAACGCAACAAAACAGCGAACGUGUCGGCAGAAAGCCUUCGUCAGCGAACAAAACAACAGAAAAAACAUUAUAAAAAUAAGAAAUAGCACUUAGCUGGUAAGUAGUAUCUGUGGGCAGCAAUAGAAGUGUGGCAGAAGGAAAAUGAGUGAGAGUUUAAAUAAGCAGGGGCGAAAAAAAGGGGGGAGAAAAAUGUUCACUGUGAUAGGUCAGAACGUGGAGAGGCGGAGCUAGGGUCAAGCUGUGAACAGAGACAUAACAUUAAUCCCAUCUGGCGUCAAAGUGCCGUAAGUCAGGAUAAGUCUGUGUUCCAAAUUGACCCGGCUGGCGGUGUUAGUGCUAGCCACAAUCGCACUUAUAGAAAAGUCCGCCUUGCCCUGGUGGUCGCUACUAUUGAAGUGUUUGGAGACGGGACACUGUUAGUAAGUAAACCAACAUUAUCAACACAGGGCAGCAGAUUGCUUUUUUUUAAUGCGUCUGUUCUUAAUCUUAAUGCAAAGGCAUCGAAACAGGGUGACUUGCCCCUUUGUUCUUAAUACAAAGGCAUUAAAACAGGGUGACUUGCCCCUUUGUUCUUAAUACAAAGGCAUUAAAACAGGGUGACUUGCCCCUUUGUUCUUAAUACAAAGGCAUUAAAACAGGGUGACUUGCCCCUUUGUUCUUAAUACAAAGGCAUUAAAACAGGGUGACUUGCCCCUUUGUUCUUAAUACAAAGGCAUUAAAACAGGGUGACUUGCCCAUUUGUUCUUAAUACAAAGGCAUUAAAACAGGGUGACUUGCCCCUUUGUUCUUAAUACAAAGGCAUUAAAACAGGGUGACUUGCCCCUUUCUUCUUAAUACAAAGGCAUUAAAACAGGGUGACUUGCCCCCCCAAAAAUAGACUAAAUAAAUUAUGUCCUGGUUGCUUUUGAAAUGGGGAUAAUUGCCUUCUGGACUCCGCCAGUUACAAUGAAAAGUUUGAUGCCCUAUGUCGAAGCAGACAGCUAAUGCACACAAACCUCCUUCGUCAAAGUAACUUUUUAAUACCGAAAGAAACUUAUCCAUAUUAGACACAAUACCAAAAAAAUUAAAUCAACCAUUUUUUAAAUUGUUAUUAACUUCAAAUAUUAUUUGAUUAAUGUUGGCUGGGAAUUCAUUUGUACCACACCAGAGUUAGAACUGUCUUUUUGCCCCUAGUGUUAGAACUGUCUUUUUGCCCCUAGUGUUAGAACUGUCUUUUUGCCCCUAGUGUUAGAACUGUCUUUUUGCCCCUAGUGUUAGAACUGUCUUUUUGCCCCUAGUGUUAGAACUGUCUUUUUACCCCUAGUGAGGAAUGUAAUUUUGAAUGAUCUUUCUGCCGCUCAUGAAACAACAUAUUUCUUCCCAUGACAGAACAAUGUGCCAGCCUUGAAAGCUGUAUGGUUAUCUCUUCAAACUUACCUGAUAACUCUGGCGUAGCUAAACGUCUGCCGAUAAAGGAAAUAUGCGAGUAAGUUUUGUUGUUUUUUUUUUCUUCUUUUUUAGAACUGACUUAUGGUCAGGAAAAUGCAGGUGCAACCAGUUAUGGUUUAAAAGAUACUAAAUAAUAUAAUUCAGGGAAGAAAAUAAUUUUCCACUAAGAGUUAAUUGAUUCUCAUGAAACCCAAAUUUUAGUAUUUUAAAGUUUAACAAUAAGCAUAGGAGAUUUGUGAUUUAAUUUAUUACAGAAUAUAAAUGAUGUAUACCAGCACAAACAGAUGUGCAUUCAGAUAUCUUGAGAGAAGUUUCAAUAAACUGCUGUUUCACUUAACUUUAUCUUGAGACAAGUUUUUAAAAAAACAGCUGAUUCCCUUAGCUUUAUCUUGAGAGAAGUUUCAAUAAACAGCUGUUUCACUUUGUUCUUCAGAAUAAACCUGAAGCCUGCUCUAAUGUUUCAAAUAUCUUAUCAUAUAUUUUGUAAUUGACUGCAAACAAAAAUAAUAAAUUUCAAUUAAAUAUCACCAGGAACACACAACAGUUUUUCACUUGUGUUGAUGGAGGCCUGAGUGAAUGCAAUGUAACACUAGUACAGCAAGAAGACGCUGGACAGGGCAGUCAGAUGGUGGUUAAUUGGAUUACACAAUAUUGUAAUAGAUGUAAGUUUUCGAUAGAAUCACUCAAUAUUUCACCGGAUGUAGGUUUUCUUUUGGAUCACUCAAUAUUGCACCGGAUGUAGGUUUUUUUUAAGGAUAACUCAAUAUUGUACCAGAUUUAGGUUUUCUAUAGGAUCACUCAAUAUUGUACCAGAUUUAGGUUUUCUAUAGGAUCACUCAAUAUUGUACCAGAUUUAGGUUUUCUAUAGGAUCACUCAAUAUAUUUUGGCACAUUUGACAUAAGAAAGAAAUUUCCAACUGGAGGCCUACAUAAUAUUAUUAUGACAGAUAUCCUGUUAGUUUUUGAUAAAAUAAAAUGAGUAAAACAGAGUAUGGUUAAACCUGAAAAAUUAAACGCAACAAAACAGCGAACGUGUCGGCAGAAAGCCUUCGUCAGCGAACAAAACAACAGAAAAAACGUUAUAAAAAUAAGAAAUAGCACUUAGCUGGUAAGUAGUAUCUGUGGGCAGCAAUAGAAGUGUCUACAACAAAACAGCGAACGUGUCGGCAGAAAGCCUUCGUCAGCGAACAAAACAACAGAAAAAACGUUAUAAAAAUAAGAAAUAGCACUUAGCUGGUAAGUAGUAUCUGUGGGCAGCAAUAGAAGUGUCUUCUAUUGCUGCCCACAGAUACUACUUACCAGCUAAGUGCUAUUUCUUAUUUUUAUAAUGUUUUUUCUGUUGUUUUGUUCGCUGACGAAGGCUUUCUGCCGACACGUUCGCUGUUUUGUUGCAUUUAAUUUUUCAGGUUUAACCAUACUCUGUUUUACUCAUUUUAUUUUGUACUAACCUGAUUGCAGUCUCUCCCCUUAUUACCCCUAGUUUUUGAUAACUGCUUGUCAGAUUAAGAAUUUAAAGUGAAAGGUCCAUACUAUCGGACUAAUUACCUUGAAGAUUACCUUGUUACUUCAGAUAUUACUUUUUUAUUUUCUACUAUUAUCUUUCCAUGCUAUUGUCUGAUCACCUGGAUGUUUUGUUUUGUUUAUUCCAGUGGUUCUCAGAAGCUCCUCUGUUGCAACUUGUGAUGAGUUGACACAAUGUGAUUUAGAAAUUACAACUCUGUCUCGGAACAACGUAACUUACUGGUGCAGGUAAGAUAUAGCAACGCCUUUAUUACCCUACUUAACAAACAUUAUUUACGAAUUUAUAAAAAUAUACUUUAAUCUAAAAAACAAAAAAAAAGUAUAUUUUUAUAUAUAUAUAUAUAUAUAUAUAUAGACUAUAUAUAUAUAAAUAUAUAUAUUAUUUUCUGUUUGCAGAAAAAUGUUUUAUUUCUUUUAUUUGUAUGAAUCCACACAACAUAUCAUUUCAAUAAAGCAUAAAGAUUGGAUAAUGUUAGCCUUAGACUUAGAUAUUUUUAAAAGGUGGUUUUCACUAAAGUGUGUUUGGCUAUAUUAUUGUCAACCAUUUCCACUCAUCAUAAGCAUAUUUUAAAGAUUUUCUUUCUACUUGCAUCCCACCUGGUGGAUGGAGAGGUUUUUUAGGUUGUUUUUUUUACACACGUGACAUUUUUGCUCAGUUGAUCAUUUACUCAGGAAAUGAUCACAGCUAAGGUAUUGAUUGUCUCAUUGGAACUACUUUGUUUCAUGUAGGGUGGGUAGGCACGCUCAAAUAAAAGCUGUAGGAUUUGGAGAUUUUUGUUUAUAAUAUAAAAAAUUUUGUAUGUUAAUGUCCAAAUCAAAAACUAUUUAAAUUUUUUUUUUUUUAUCAAAGUUGAUUUUAAAUGCACUAAAAGGUUACAGUUGCUUAAAAUGCAUUACACAAAGAAAAUCUGUGCCAAAAAUAUUUUUUAAAAUUAGUAUUUAAGCUUUGUCUGCAACCAACUCGAAUUCUUUGGUUAUAUAGAGUGCCCAUCUACACAGAGUUUCUGUGGCUUCGUAGAGUGCCCAUCUACACAGAGUUUCUGUGGCUUCGUAGAGUGCCCAUCUACACAGAGUUUCUGUGGCUUCGUGGAGUGCCCAUCUACACAGAGUUUCUGUGGCUUCGUGGAGUGCCCAUCUACACAGAGUUUCUGUGGCUUCGUAGAGUGCCCAUCUACACAGAGUUUCUGUGGCUUCGUAGAGUGCCCAUCUACACAGAGUUUCUGUGGCUUCGUAGAGUGCCCAUCUACACAGAGUUUCUGUGGCUUCGUAGAGUGCCCAUCUACACAGAGUUUCUGUGGCUUCGUAGAGUGCCCAUCUACACAGAGUUUCUGUGGCUUCGUAGAGUGCCCAUCUACACAGAGUUUCUGUGGCUUCGUAGAGUGCCCAUCUACACAGAGUUUCUGUGGCUUCGUAGAGUGCCCAUCUACACAGAGUUUCUGUGGCUUCGUAGAGUGCCCAUCUACACAGAGUUUCUGUGGCUUCGUAGAGUGCCCAUCCACACUUCUUUUUUUCCCCUAUAAACUUCAUUAUCUUACAGAUCACCUCAAAAACAAAUAAAUCUCUUUAAGGAAUUUUGAAGAAGAACAAAUGAAUAUAUAAACUGUUUUUGAUCCAUUGUAUUAAAUAAUAAUUUAUAAGUUGAUUUUUUUUUAAUUUUUUUUUUUGUAAACCCAAUUUAAUGGCUUUUAAAAAAAUUAUUGCUGUAGUUAACCAAACUAUAAAUAGGCCUAGUAUAAUAUAGUUAUUUGACUGAAUGUUUCCCAAGGUUGAUGCACACACUCGUAGAUUGCACAGCUAAAGCUGUCAGAACGUGUGAAUUGGACGAGUUGAAACAAGACUUAGAAUGGUUGUCGACACAAAAGAAAGUAUGCGGUGCAGGUGAGGCAGGCUUGUGACUUCACGUUUUUGCAACAUGAUGUUUUGUUAGAGUUGAGAUAUUUAAUAGGGGGCGGGGGAUGCGUGUGUCCUGUCUGAAUUUUUGUCAGAUGUAAUAUUAAUUGCAUAGUUAACAUUUCUCAAACUUUGGAUAUGAUAUUGUAAAAUUUGUUUGGUGUUAUGAUACGAUCGAUGACAUUUACUUAGACUUUUUUUUAAAAAACACAAGAUGGUGAAAUUUAAAAAAAAAAAAAUUAAAGUCAAUAUUUUAAAUUUAGUUACAAGUGAGCCAGAAGUGGAGCCCCAGCCAGAUGUAGAACCACAGCCCGAUGGAGAACCAAAGCCCGAUGGCAAAUCUGAUGAUGGCCUUAAGCCAGAUAGCGAUGACAACGACAGUGAAGAAAAGAUAACAGAAGCAGGUGGUAAUAAUGAAGAUGGUGAAAACAAAAUCGGAGACCCUGAAGACCCUAAAGGUAAGGGAAAGAUUGAUGAUGAGAAUACAAUGGAGAAUAUGUGGUAUACCAGUAAUCCAUACCCAUUUAGCACCACGGGUGAGGGCAAAUUGAACCAUGAAAUAAAUAUUGAUUUUGGGGACAAAGGAGAAAGAGUUGAACCCAAUACACAAAAUUCUGAAGAGAAAAUAAGGGAUGAUAAAGAAAAUGAAAAGGAAAAUGGUGGAGAUGCAAGUGAGAGCAAUGGCGGUGAUGAUUCAGAGGACAAAAGUUCUGAUGAAGAAGAAGGUGGGACAAAAGAUGAGUCCAAAAAGGAGUUGGGCAACAACGAAGAGGAUGACGAUGAUGACGACAAGAUGGUUGAUGGUGGACGUCGCCCUGAAGAAGAGGAUACAAACGGGGAGAAAAACUUGGAGGAUAAAAAUGCGGAAGAGGAUGGGGAUGUGCAGUCUGGAAGAUCAGGUGAGAGGAGGAAUUCUCCGACACUAUAUGCCAGCUUUAACUUGCCCGUGAAAACAUCUUCCUAUGAUUGUGUAAAGUUUCGUAGAAUCUAAUGUUCAUGAAUUAGAGCCGGAGCUGUUUCAUAGAAUCUAAUGUUCAUGAAUUAGAGCCGGAGCUGUUUCAUAGAAUCUAAUGUUCAUGAAUUAGAGCCGGAGCUGUUUCAUAGAAUCUAAUGUUCAUGAAUUAGAGCCGGAGCUGUUUCAUAGAAUCUAAUGUUCAUGAAUUAGAGCCGGAGCUGUUUCAUAGAAUCUAAUGUUCAUGAAUUAGAGCCGGAGCUGUUUCAUAGAAUCUAAUGUUCAUGAAUUAGAGCCGGAGCUGUUUCAUAGAAUCUAAUGUUCAUGAAUUAGAGCCGGAGCUACUCAACCUUUAUUACCAUUAAACUUCAUUUUAUGCUCAGGAUAAGCUACUUGAUAAAUAUCCCCCAAUGGUAUCAUUCAUCAAAUCAUCUCUACCACUGUGUAGAAUCUUUUCAUUUCUUUGUCACGAUCAGAUACAUGAUAAAUAUUCCCAAGUGGUAUCAUUCAUCAAAUCAUCUCUACCACUGUGUAGAAUAUUUUCUCUAAUCAUGACUUCAUAGAUUCAAAUCAGAGAGUUUUGUUUUAACUUUACACAUUGAUAAGGACGUAGUUGCCAAAAAAUAACACAAGAACAAUUAACACUUGAUUGCUGCUAUAAGAGCAAAGACAUGCGCCAUGAUUGUUUUAUUUAUCCAAUCACAAAAUGCUGCGCCCUGUUUUGCCAAUAAUGACCAACAAGACAGUACCCUGAUCAAUGUUGUGCACUUGUUUAUACAUGCUUUCAUGUGGCCAUGUUGUUUCGGAUGCCUGCAUUGUAAAUUAUUAACUGCCAAGCUUAAUGAGGUCAUGUCGUUAUGGAUGCCCACAUAAUAAAUUAUUAACUGCCCAGCUUAAUGAGGUCAUGGUGUUACGGAUGCCUACGUUGUAAAGUACUAACACUAAUUUGCUUGAUAUGAUUUUUAAAAAAUUCAACCGCAUAAAAUUUUAAAUAAGUUUGUUGCUUUCCAACAUUGUGACACAAUUCAUUGAAGUCUGUCUAACUAUGGGGGUUGCUGUUUUUUAAUGUAAUCUUUUUACACUUCAGGAUUGAACACAUCUCCUAUUUUUUUAUGUACAGUAUAUUAUUAUUAUUAUUAUUAUUAUAUGUGGUUUUUAUAUAGCGUGGUACCCCAGCCUAGGGCUGGGCUCACCACGCUAUACAUACAAUUUAACAUACGUAAUCAAAAAACUUUUAAAAAUUGACAUACAUUAAUUAAAUAAAACAAAACAAAUGUAUAUUUAAAACUAUUUACAUAUCAAGCCAUGGACGACACCCAGUAGCAUCAUUUUUCGGUCAGAGGUGGGAAUCAGUCAGAAUUGCAAAGAGUUUAAAAAGAUGCGUUUUGAGUGCAGUUUUGAAGGCUGUGAUGGUCGGUAUAUUGCGGAUGUGUAAUGGAAGAGAAUUCCAUUGUUUGGGGUCACAGAAAGAGAACGAUUGUUCACCGUAUGGUUUUGUGCGAGUCUUGGGGACAGAAAGAAUACGCACAUCUGCGGAGGAGCGAAGCUGUCGAAGGGGUGAAUAGACAGAGAGAAGUUCAAUUCGAUAGGAAGGGGAGGAAUUUGAGGAAAAGACAGAGAACAGAGAGUUUGUAGUCAAUCUGUGCUUGUACAGGGAGCCAAUGAAUUGAAUGAAGUAGUGGUGUGAUGUGAUCACAUUUUCUUGCCUUUAGAAUUAGCCUAGCAGCUGAGUUUUGAACCUUUUGUAAUUUUUCUAAGAAGUGUUUUGGUGAACCUGAAAGAAGAGAGUUACAAUAGUGAAGACAAGAGAGAACAAGAGCACAGACAAGGGCGGUUUUGUUGCACUAACCGUAAGGUAUAGGCGGAUGGAGCUGAUCUGACGAAUAGCGGUGUAAGCAGAGGGACAAAUGUGAGAGAUGUUUAUCAAGACACAUGUUUUUAGACAGAAUAUAACCAAGAUUCCUAGCAGAGAAUGUAAACUGUAUAUCAGAGCUACCUAUAUGAAAUGAAAUGGGGGAGAGCUGAGUUAGAGGAUGAUUUGUGGUCGUGAAUAAGGAGUGCUUCCGUUUUGUCAUCGUUAAGCUUCAACUUGCUGAGUGUCAUCCAUGUCUUGACAUCAUCAAUGCUCUCAUGAAACGUCCAGAUAGCAGAAUCGACAAGAGAUGGAUUGGUAUGCUUGUAUAGCUGCGUGUCAUCUGCGAGUAAUAUUGUAUAAUUUAAUCCAAUUAGUUUUGAAAAAUAGAAACAUUAUUUCCCCUCAGAAAUCCAGUUAGUCUAAAGUUAUUUAUUUAAAUAGCAUGAACAUACACUAAUUAUAACUUAUGUUGAAAAUGAAAACUAACCUUUAAAAAUACCAUAAUAUUUUGCACAGUAAAAAAUUGAAAACAAAAAGAAAAAAAACAACCCUUGACAAUGUUUUACUAAAAUUUACUCUUGGUGCCCCUAUUUUUUUAUUAUUUUUUUUAAUUCCCUCCCCCUUAUAUCAAAUAUCAGAAAGAAAAUGUAAUGUAUAUUUUUAAACAUAAAUUAUUGACACCAGUUUUAGAGACAAUAUCUGAAAUAAAGACAUAGAAGAAUUAACUGUAUUAAGUUCAAAUAUACUGUUUCAAUUUAAAUUUAAUUUAGUCCUUGCUGAGGAAUGCUAUUAAAUUCUAAACAUUAAAUUACUUUUUAAAAAUUUAAUUAACAUGAUUUAAUUUUGGUACAUCGCAGAGUCAAAUUUUACUCAAAUGUAUGCAGACAAUAUAAUACACAGACUGAUUAGCAUGUCUUUUAUGUACAGGAUGGGUCAAAAAGUGAGAACCUCAUAUUGUUUGUCAGGAGUUAUUUAACUAAUGGAACUGAAUUAAAAUAUAUUUUAUCAUUUGCAUUUGAAUGCCAAAUAUUAUGCUAAUCAGCAAACUUAUUCAAUGCAUCCCCCCUGCUUCUCAAAGACUUAAAGCUAUUAUCGAUAAAACUAAAAAAAUAUUUAUGUAUUUAAAUUACUUUGUAAAGGAGGUUACCAUGUUUUUUUGGGGCACUCUGUACAAUUACUUAAUUUUUUUGUAUUUUCCGAAAGAACUAAAUUGAUCUCCUAAAAUGUAUCAUUACAUUAGCAGCUAAGAUUAACUUUAAAAUCCAUGAAUGAAAUAGUAUUCAUCUUCUUUUAUACAAUCUCUAAUUAUAAACAAUAUUAAAGCUAACCCCUUACAUUUUGUUGAAGGGGAAAAAAUUGCAACAGUUUUCAUAUUUGAGGAACUUUUAGGGGAAAAAAAAGUAUUUUCUAUUGCUCGAGGCUGCACUUUAUUUGCAGUGCUGGCUUAGCGUCUUUUAAAAAAAAUGCUAAUUCAUCUAUUUUAUUGCCGUUUAAAUCAAUAAAACCUCUUUUCAUAACUUCUUAAAAUAUUUGAAAUUUUAUCCUGUGUUUUUUUUCCUUUAAUCUAUGACACUGUAACCUAUUUUCAUAAAUAGCCUCUUUUCACAAAUUUUUAUUGUUGUAGAAACUGAUGUUAAAAAAAAUACUUUCAAAAUAGAAAUUAAUUAUUAUGAACAAUUUAACAAAUUCCAAAGUCUUGCUGACUGUAGACAAUAUCUCGUAUUAAAUAAUUUUAUUUCAGAUAGGGCCUAUACAUUGACUGAAUUUAUGCAAAUAGUCAAAUGGCUGCUUAGCUCCUCAAUUAAAAAGCUUUAAUUUUAAAGGAAGAUUUAGGACUUACCUUUUUAAAAAAGAAAUAUUACCUUGCAAAUAUGUGAACAAAACCUGGUAAACUCAAAUACAAAUACAUUACAGAUAAUUUUGAUUAACAAAUAUAAAACAUCAGCAAAUUGAAGAAGCCAUUUUUUAGGAUUUCAAAAUAUAAAGCAGGUAUGAUGCACCUUUUCCGUUCUGCUGCCAGAACUUGAACUCAUCGCUUAACUUUGUAGAUGAUUUUGUUAAAAAUCAGAUUUUUGUUUUUAUCACCAUGCUGGUCACCAAAAUAAUACUUGUCACAAACUUAACCACUUAACCGCCGCAUAAAAAAUCUAUUGUAUCUCUGUUGUGCAAAUUAAUUAUUUAAUAUGUACCAUUAGUCAGUAUAACACAUGUUAAGACACUGAUGGCUAUUAUUAAACAGGAAGCCAAUUUUACAUAUCUAUGACAUAGCAUUGCAUUUUGAACAUCAUUAUUCACAAGUUAUUGAUGAGAUAUAUCAUGCUUUCAAAACUGCAAACAGAUACGACUACUUAACUAGGAAAUUUUAUAUGUAACUAACUUAAUUAAAUCAACAACACAUCAUGAAAAAAGCUAUUUAAAUUGCCAAUUUUGAAGUAAUUUUUCUGUAAACUUUUCCAUUUCAGCUGCAACGGGUGAUAAAAAUACAUCAUUCAAGACAUCAGCUUCCUUCCUAGCAAUCUUCUUGCAGCUGAUAUUGGCGGCCAUCUUAUCUAGAAGAUAGAGUGUCCUAGAGUUGAGAUAGUCAGAGUGAAAGAAUAAAAAUAUCUUGUUUGUUUUUUUUUUUUGGGUCCUAAAUUUGGUAUAUUUGAGUGUGUAGCUGGCAUAGGCAACUGGGAUUGUAUGAUUGUCAAAAGUCUGUCAAUUCUUUAUUUCUUUGAAGAAUUAUCUAGUGUGCCUUCAGUAUUAUUAUAUCAGGGUUUUUGUCAUCAUGGUCCGAAAGUAUCUUUUUUGUGUUUAAUUUCCUUUUUUUUUCUCCUGCCAAUAUAACUUGAAAUGUAUUUUAAUUAAAUUUUAACGUUUGAAAAAUUUAGAUAUUAUGGUGAUUGUGUUCCUUUUUUUAUUUUUUUUUUAUUUUUUUUUUUGGUUGUUGUAUCAGAGGGCCACGAGGCAGUGCAAAGUUACCUUGCAUUUGUUUUGAGGAUUCUUUUUCUUGAUAAAAAAUUUCCAAUGAUAAACUUGAACAAAGGAAUUUGAAUUGCCUUAAAUGCCUUAAAAAUCUCUAGUCAAUACAAUUGAGACUUUAAAAUAACAGAUACUAUACAGAUGGCAGACUUAAGUGCUAUUUAAAAAAAACUUAUGCAAUGUAUGAAGUCUGUUCAGAUGCUUGACAAAUAUACAAGAACAUCUUUUACAAACCUUUUUUUUUUAUUAUUGAUGGUUUAAGUUUUGAUGUUGGUUUGCCUGGUUAUGUUUGUAAAUUAAAAUUAGCAUGAUUGUCUUAUAGGUAACUUACUCAAAUUCAGUAUUUGAUGAAGGUAAAAAAAAAAAAUAUAUAUAUUUUAAAUUGAUCUUCUUUUUAACAUUUUGGGCCCAUUUUUAAAGCUUUAUAGCAGGGCAAAAUCUGAACAUUGAAGUUUGGUCUACAAUUGCCAGCAGGAGCUUGGCUUUCUUUGAUUUUAAAGAGGAAUUUUAAGCAAGCCAGUUUUGUAGGUUUUUAAACGCUAUUUUAGAUGGGUAUUGUGCAUAAACUUAUUAGCAGUGUUGAUUUUUAAAAAAAUGUUCUCCCCACUAAUUUAUAACAUUAUUAUUAUGGGGAUAUUUUUGAAAAAUAAAAGCUGAUAAAUGAAGAUGUGUGUAAAAAAUUUUUAGAUUGAUUGACAAAAUUAGCGUUUAGGUCGUAAAAUGGCAAUUUUGUGCUGAAUGAAUGCAUUGGAUUUCAUUAUCAUUGAACAUCUUUUUAAAAGCGCUAUGUCUGCCCAUUGUCGUCAGUUUCUGUUUUACUUAUUUUGUUUUAUGUGAUGGCUGAAGUUGAAAAAUGUUCAGAUUCUCUAAGGAGUGGUUUAAUUUUAAAAAAGAAAAAGACAAAAAAAAAAACAAAACAAAAUAAAACAAAAUGUGCCUUUCUGUUGGUUUUAACUAUUUGCAUCAUAAAUGUUGUUUUGUAAAAAAAAAAAAAGUUUAAAAUCAUGUAAUAUUUAAAAGAUUUCUACAAACCUUUUUUCCCCCCAAGAAUUUGACUUUUAAAAUGUAUUCUCCAGUAGGCAAACUGGAUUUACAAAAAAGUGUAUAGACAUUUGUGUUCCUUAUAAUUAUUAUACCGUUAAUUCUGGAAUAAUUGAAGUAGUUACUUAUUUAUUAAUUUGUUACAUGAAAUGUUUUUAUUGAAAUCCUCUAGUCAAAUGUUGCAAUUUUUAUCUUCUGGCAUUUAAUUAUUCUUUUUAAUUGCGAGUUAAUAGCCUACUUGAUUGAAGGUUUUUGGUUAAAAAAUCAUCAUAUAAGCUUGUCAUAGGUUUUGCAUCAUUUAAGCUUGUCAUUGGUGCUGAUAUAUGACAACUCAAACUUCUAAUAAUAAAUUAAUAUAUAAUUCAAACAAUUUUUACGUUUAACCUCCCAUUGAAAGUAUUUUGUUGCAGUGAUGCCAUAAAUGUGUUAAUAAAAUUUUUUAAUAAAAAUCAUGCUUUUCAUCAUUUGUGACUUUUGUUCCGUAAAUCUGCAGCGCUGCAGAAGUUUGCCUUUAUUUAAAAGCUGAGUAGUAUCGUCAAUAGAAAUUUGCUGACAGCAAAGAAUUUAUGUUUAAAUCUCCGUGAAUUGUUUGUAACUGUAAAGUACCGAUGUAUUUAAACUUCACACUUUGAUAGAGUUGUUUGAAGUCAUUAAAACAUGACUGCCAAAUAUUAUUUGCCGACUUUUGUAUAAUAGCUUUUUUUUUUUUUUUUUUUAAAUAUUAA